CCGGAGACACAAACACACAGCGGAGACUAAAGACACACAAGAGACACACCGGAGACUAAAGACACACAAGAGACACACCGGAAACACAGCGGAGACACACGAGCCGAUACCCGGUGGACGCCCCGCUCUGCAGUUGGACUUUACCCGGGACACGAGCCCUCCUUCCCCGCAGCGAGUCGCUGGAACCCGCCCGGCUCCUCCGCAGAUCCUCCGCAGUGCUCCCGUGUAACUCGUCCCCCGGUCCGAGCGGAACCAUGCUGCGGCUGCUGCUGCUCCUCCUGCUGGCCGCCUCCGUGCGCAGCGAGUCGGUCAGGGAGACGGAGACGUGGAUGCCCAUGAAGACCACGCAGACCGUCGCCGUGUCGACACACAGCGACGGCCUGGAGUCCUCGGGCGACGCCCACAACGGCUCCGACUUCGGCUUCACGGACGACGCCGAGGACGACGAGGACGACAGCGACUACUACACGGACCCGACGUACGAGGACGACGAGGACGAGGACGAUGAGUCGUCCGGCUCCGGAGACGGAGCAGCGACUGUGACCCCGGAGCGAGAGGGCGGAGCUUCAGUCAAGCCCAACGCCAACGACAACAAGAUCCCAGAGGCGGAGCUACCGGUGCGACCAACCGUCCCCAAGGUGGCGCAGGACAGCAACGACAUCCCCCUGGUGAGGACGGACCCCGAGACCAGCGAGGAGUACCCGUCCAACGUGCUCAUGGCCCACGCCAGUGACGACAGCAUCUUCAACAAGACGGAGGUCCUGGCAGCUGUGAUCGCCGGCUGCGCCGUGGGCCUGAUGUUCGCCGUGCUCCUCAUCCUCCUCCUCAUCUACCGCAUGAGGAAGAAGGACGAGGGCAGCUACGACCUGGGGAAGAAGCCCAUCUACAAGAAGGCUCCCACCACAGAGAUCUACGCAUAGACCCUGGCCCUACACCCCCACCACCCCCCCCACACACACAAACACACACACCUCACUCCCUGAAACCCGUUAAUCCCUGAUCAGGACCUCACAGUGCCUCAUCUUCAUCAUGCCUCAUCUUCAUCAUCCUUCCUCUUCCUCCUCUUCCUCCUCCUCUUCCUCUGACUGUACAAACCUGGAGAGAAGCUCAACAACAGUGGACUGACUCCUCCUCCCUCCUACUCUCACUGGUGCUCUCUCAACCAAUCACAGGCUGUCUUCGGUCCGGGACAAGGAGCCACAGUCCAGGACGUCGUCCCGGUGUCACGUUUAAAUCUGUCCCCAUGUCAAGAGAACAACCAGGACUCUGACAGGUUCCACCCGUCUUUCUUCUUCUCUCCUCCUUCAGUUGAAAACACUAACACAGUGCAAUGAUGGUUUUUUUUUAUCUCUGGUUCACGUUAACUGUCCAGUUAUUUAUUCCCCCCCCCCCCUCUUCCUCUCGACCUGAUUCUUGGACUGAAGCUUCUCCCUCGACUGAAGCAAAUGAUUUUUAAUUGUUUUUUUGUUUUUGUUUUUUACAAACUCCAUGUAAUGCAGAGAGAUUCAAGACAUUUCAGUUUUUUCUAUUAAACAGAGAAAAGCUCCGAGGUUUGUAACGUGGCUGUGAAGCUGUGGUCUGGUGUUUGAUCCCUUUGAUCCUCGAGGAGCCGAUCACACGUCCACCUGCAGGAGGUCGAGGAGAAGGAGAUGAUUCACCUCCUUCAAACCUUCACCUGCUGCAGAGUUUAUCAAACUAGACUUUUAUAACAGAUUCUUUUAUUUCUUUAAACCUUCUGUUUAGUCUCCUCGAGGCGGGAAGUCCCGUCGUCUGACAUGUAGCUCACACACAGACACACACACACAGACACACACACACACACACACACACACACACACACACACACACACACACAGACACACACACAGUGUUGUCCUCUGCUGCCAGGGUGAACACUUCUUCAAAAGGAAGAUGUUUCACCACUGUUAUAAUUACCGCUGUGCCUCUGGGGUUGUUUUUCUGUUAUUAUGGCGAAGCCACGCCUACAUUCCUCACACACUCACACAGCUUGGUCAUGUGAUACGGGAGCAAAGGUCCGUCAGAGUGUCGGCUGCCCCCCCCCCCCCCCUCUCCUCACACUAAUGAAUCCACACGUUCACUUUGGUGCCACACUCGGCGUUGUGUUGCUAGCAACCCGUUAGCUUGACUUAGCAUCGAGUCAAAGGAAACGCCCACAGCGACCUGGUUCUGUCCAGAAGGAAAAGCUACGGAAUCCUGAUUCUGCCUCUCGGUACGAAAAGAUACGGACGAUGAAACGUCUCUGACCACAAACCUCCGUGAAUCUGUUUCCAUACGCUUCAGACGGCGUUCUGUUUUUAACCUAAAUGAGACGAUUCCAUCAGUAAAGAUUUGGUCACGUGAGGUCAAAUCCCUGCUUUUAAACGACAGAACUGUUGGGUUUGUUUUUCAUUUAUUUCAUUUUAUUAACUGUCACAUUAUCAUGACUUUGAAACUCAAGGAAACGACUGAAAAUAGGAUUCUCCGGAAAAAAACUUGUUUAGUUUGUUCUCAUCUCUCGUGAUGGAAUAUAAUUUACAGUAACUUCCCAGUUGACAUGUAACACGUGUGAAACAGUGAAUUGUCAUCAGGUGAAUAUUCAGAACUGUUUCCAGGACAGAGCCAGACGAGCGGUUUCCAGUCUUUAUGCUAAGCUACGCUAUCCGUUACCACAAAGCUAAUACGUGUCGAGUCUUCCUGUAACUCCGCCUCUUCCUGUCGGAGCACUGAGGUCCACACACGCUUUUGGGUUUUUCUUCAUGGUUCCAAUAAAUGUUAUUGCUCGUUUAUCCUGUAACUCUGUGAUCGGAGAAACCGGUAGUGUUUUGGUACUUCUGCUAACUCGUGGCGUUGAUGCUUUCUCGAUAAGCUACAGCGACGGUGAGUCGUUGGUUUUAUAUUUUCAUCUCUGAGCUGAAGCCACGAACAGGUUCACGCUCACGUUUCUUUAUCUGAAGCCGGCGGCCCACGGGCUACCAAGGACUUGUACAUAUUCAUUAGAUACACAUGAGAAUCACUUGGUACUUAGCCACAUCCUGGCAACAAGAAAUAUCUACCAAAUAUUUAAAUGCCAAAUUGUUCUUUUCUGUUUGUGUUUCCCCCCCCCCCCGACAGUAACGCGCCUGUGAUUUUACUGUAAAUGAGUUUUGAUACUACGAUGCUAACACUAACUCACCUCCUCUCGUUGUUCGCCCGUGGUUUGAUUUUGCUCCAGUAGAUCCACUUGUCCUUUUUUUUUUUUUUUUUGUAUUAAUUUAACUGUCAAAUUAUUUUAUUGCCUUCUUUCAGGUUGGGGUGUUUCCCCCUUUUUAAGCUGUUGUAUAUGUGAUUUUAAAAGUUUUAUAUACACUAGUUUGAGAUUUUCAGAAGCAAAUAGUUUUGAAACUUUUUAUUUUGUAAGAGUUCUCCAUUGUCUCUUAGACUUUUUUUUGUUCUUGCUUUUGUAUUUAUGUUUGUUUGUGUGUUUGUAGAAGGAUUGCUGACGUGGUCGUUGUUCGGGGGAUGUUGUGCCGAGUCAUGUUUUCAGGAGCAGACCUGAGCUGAUUCUCAGCUGGAGCCGAAAUAAAACGCCCAGAGAUUUGUGAUAAAUGUUUGGUAAUUUGAGUUUGAUGCUCGUCUUCACCUCCAAUGAAGCGUUCAUCUGAUUGUUUGGAUAAGAAUCAUCUGGCUCAGGUCUGCUCCGGGAACAUGGAGAGAAAUGUUCUGCUGCUUAUUGUCACAAACAUCACAUGUGAAUCACAGUGGAGCGAAGAAGAAGCCGAUGAAUCAUCGGCUUCUGCUGCAAGUCCUGAUUUAUUGGAAAUAAAGCUAUUUUUAUGCACAUUAACAUUUUAAAA